UGCUGAGCCAAGCCGCCGGCGAGGAGGAGCUGCGGGAGAGGCAGGUGCAGGAGCCGGUCAUGGGGGAGAUCUCAGCAGAGCUCCAGGGAAGAGAUCAAUCGAGUCCUUCUCAAGAGCUGCUUUUCAGGAGGAUCCAACUUGGGCCGCCUUGCCAGGGCUCUGGUUCCUUUGAGGAGGUGGCUGUGGACUUCACGGAAGAGGAGUGGGCGCUGCUGGAUUCUGGCCAGAAGGCCUUGUGCAGGGAAGUCAUGCUGGAGGUUUCUAGGAAUAUGCCCGCUCUGGCAGGUGAUGACCGGGAGAAUGAGAAUGACCAUCAGGUGAGCUUAAUGCCACUACAAACAGCAGAGCAUGAAGUUAAAGAAGUUACAUUUGGCCAUCAACGGGAUCCAAAAAGGCAAGAGAGAAGCCACUCAGAAGAUGGAGGGGAGAAGUUCUCCAUUUCUGUCCCUGUUGAAAGCCAUGGCUUCCUAUUCCAGCAAGAUCAGAAAGGGAAGAGAAAGGGAAAAUAUAGGAAAAGAGAGAAAAAUGAAUUUGUUUUACGUGAAUAUGGCAGAAGUCAGACUAAAGGAAAGGAGUAUGGCUACAGACAGUAUGGAAAAUAUAUCAAUCAUUUCUUCUCUCUUGCUUUACCUGUGAAACUGUAUGGGAAACACAAACCACAUACCUUUGUAAAAUUUGCGAAGGGUUUCAAUCUGAGCAGAACAAUGAAACUAUGCAUGAAGUGUGGAAAGAGCUUCAGUAGCAAGAGUAAUCUUAAUCGCCAUCAGAGGAUCCACACAGGUGAGAAACCAUAUAAAUGCAUGGAGUGUGGAAAGCAGUUUACUCAGAAAGGACAUCUUACUCAUCAUGAACGAAUCCACACAGGAGAGAAACCAUAUAAAUGCACAGAAUGUGGAAAAAGCUUUGCUCAGAGAGGACAACUUAAUUCUCAUAGAAGGAUCCACACAGGGGAGAGACCAUAUAAAUACAUAGAGUGUGGAAAGAAUUUCACUGAGAGCAGAGACCUUACUUGCCACAAAAUGGUCCAGGCAGAGCAGAGUCCUUAUAAAUGCAUGGAAUGUGGAAAAAUCUUUAAUGACUAUAGCACCUUUCGUCAUCAUGAAAGGAUCCACACUGGGGAGAGUCCAUAUAAAUGCACGGAGUGUGGAAAGGGGUUUACUCAGAAAGGACAUCUUACUCGUCAUGAAAGAAUCCACACAGGGGAGAAACCAUAUAAGUGCACAGAGUGUGGAAAGAGCUUUGCUGAGGAAGGACGACUUAAUCCUCAUAAAAGGAUCCACACAGGGGAGAGACCAUAUAAAUGCAUGGAGUGUGGAAAGAGCUUUACUCAGAAAGACCACCUUAAUUGUCAUGAAAGGAUCCACACAGGGGAGAAACCUUAUAAAUGCACAGUGUGUGGAAAGGGCUUCAGUAGAAACUCUUACCUGACUCGCCAUCAGAGGAUCCACACAGGGGAGAAACCUUAUAGUUGUAGGGAGUGUGGAAAGAGAUUCAUUGAGAAUAGAGAACUCACUUCCCAUCAAAGGAUCCACACAGGCGAGAGACUAUACAAAUGCCUGGAGUGUGGAAAGAGCUUUUUUGGCAACAAAGACCUUACUCGUCAUCAAAGGAUCCACGCAGGGGAUAAACCGUAUAAAUGCCUGGAGUGUGGAAAGAGCUUUACUGAGAAAGGAAAGCUUAAUUCUCAUAAAAGUAUCCAUACAGGGGAAAGGCCAUAUGUAUGUCUGGAGUGUGGAAAGAGCUUUACUCAGAAAGGAAAACUUAAUUCUCAUAAAAGGAUCCACACAGGGGAGGGACCAUAUAAAUGCAUGGAGUGUGGAGAGAGCUUUAUUGACAACAGAGACCUUACUCGCCAUCAAAGGAUCCACACGAGAGAGUCCAUAUAAAUGCAUGGAGUGUGAAAAAAAACUUUAAUGACUAUAGCACCUUUACUUCUCAUAAAGUGAUCCACACCAGAGAGAAAUAUAAAUGCUUGGAAUGUGGAACAAGCUUCAUUGAGAAUAGUGCAUUUAUUUCUCAUAAAAAGAUGCACACAGGAAAAACUAUAUAAAUCCAUGGAAUGAGCUUCAUUCGAAAUAGUCAACUUAUUCAUCAUUGAAAGAUCCAGACACGGGAGGAAGCUUAUUAUUGCAUGGAACGUGCAAAGAUCUUUCGUUUGUAUAAAUUGUAUAAAUAAAUUUGUUCCAUGAUUUCUUGAAA